CUACCUGCACAGUUAACUUCUGUUUAGUCUGCAACAUUAGAGUAGCAACAGUACAGUUGACUAUAGGUAUGCGAGUCAGCAAGUCGAUAAAAAUGCGCGAAAAAGUAGUUAUUGAGAGGAAACCUGUAUGUGACAUUUGGCGUCUGUAAGUAAAUAGUAACAAGAAAGUCAUAUCAUGGCUGGAAGUUGUGUUCGAGUUGAUCCACCAUUUGUCGACUUCAAUGAUGUGAGAGUCGGGCAGGUUUACAAGACAACCGUUACAGCAACAAAUGUCGGGAAAACGUCGAAGAAAAUAAUUAUUGAAAAGCCCACGUUAAAGUUGUUCAAGUUCACAGCAACCAGUCCAGCAGUGGUAGUUGCUCCUGGUCUGUCUGUAAGUGGCUUGUUGCAGUUCACUCCAGAGGAAGAGGAGGAGGUCAGAGAUUGUCUCCUGGUCCAUGUAGAUGAUGUGGACACUAUUGAAAUCCCAUUGCUGGGGUUUCCCAGAGCCUGUUCCCUCCUAAUGGACUCAGUGCUAGAUUUUGGUUGUAUUGCUGCCAACAGUCAGGUAAUCAGCAAACAUCAUCCUGUAACCAAUCAAGGAUCAGCACCAGGUGCGUUUCAAGUGCAGUACAGUGGAGACUCCUCAGUCAGACUGUCACCCUGCAGCGGAGUCAUUGCAGCUGGUGCCACCCAGUGGCUGAAAGUUGAACUACGCACAGACAAACCCAGGCAGAUUGACGAGACUGCUUUGGUAAAACUCCAGAAUCGCUCUGCUGUAGCUUUAAGUAUCAGGGCUGAAGUGGUGGACCAGUGGCUUGAGAUCUUUGAUUUGCAGGGGGUUCCACUCUCCUGUCUGUGGUUUGGACCUGUAUACUUUGGGACAUCCCGUGUGGAGAAUGUGGUUCUGAGAAACAAUUCCCCCCACACCUGUGACUGGGUUUGCCUGCUCCAGGAUACUGCUGCUGGAACUGAAGUGGGAACAGAUCUCCAGAAGAGCACAGAUGCUGCAUUGCUGGACAGAGUGGAGAGGCACAGCCCAGCAUCUCAAGGUGUCUCUCAGGUCUUGGUGUGUAUCCCUAAACAGGGUCGACUGGGACCAUAUGACAAAACCACUGUGGCAGUACGCUUCAGCCCUGUUUGUAAGAGUGUGACGAAAACAAAGAGGCGUGAUUACUCAGCCAGCCGGCAAGACUAUUGUCUUUUCCUGCUGUUUGAGUCAGUGGGGAGCAGACACGGCUUCACUCACCGCAGUGGUAACAGCAGUGUGGAACUGGCAGUGACAGGCUCUGGACUGCCUGUGUCUCUGGUACCCAGUCCUCAAAGAUUUGAUUUCCUAACCUGUGUUACAGGCCAACGUGUGGAUCUGCUGUGUGUGCUGCAGAACCUCUGCCCUCAACUGCCUGUCAACUUCCACUUCCGCAAAUUAGCACAUUUCACCACCGAGCCCUCUACAGGCACUAUUGCCCCUGGGCAAUGCCAGGAUGUAGUUUUGUCUUUCACUGCACGUCAGCAAGGGAGCUUCCAGGUGCGUCAGAUGCUAGAUGUCUUAGGUCAUGUCAUUCACCGGAGCAGAGACGACACAGAUGUUACAGAACUCAAGCUUCACAGCUUCCACACAAUCACUCUACCCCUGUCUGCUGUCAGCCGCAGUGAGACUGUACACGCCAUGCCCAAACUUAACCCUGGCAUCACUCCAGCAGUGACCAAUUCAACUGGGUCCCAGCCUCACGUUCGGUCCAGUGAGCUGGCUCGCUGUCAUGCGAUGGCACGGGCUGCUGUCCUCAGUACCAACAAAACACGACUUCACAUACAUCGCAGGGAGAAGAGUCAAAACACAAAGGGCGAGGAAUUCCUGGCCUUUCCUAAUGACCGUGCCACCAGCAUCAGGCCGGCCUCUUCACACAGACAGUACAGGACCAUCUUUACCGGUGUACCUCGUUAUCGCUAUGUGGACACCAGCUAUGCUUUCACUGAGGAGGAGGCAGAGCAGAAACAGCUAAAUCGACAGAUGUAUGCAGACUUCAUCAAACAACUCAGGCAAACACGGCUGUCUAGGAUCAAGGAGAAGCAGCAAGACAAAGUGGAGGAUGAAGUGGACAUUGGGAUUGUUCCCUCUCAAGGGCUUGUUCCUCCUAAGCUCUGUAUCAGUGACAUGGAAAGCAGUAUGAUCUCAGAAACAAAGCCGAACUACAGCUGUGCUUCCUCAGGAACCAAAUGCAGCUGCUCUGAAGACAUGACAUCAGUCACCCAGAGAGUCAGCAGUCAGGUUUCAGAGGUAAUGAAUGCAGUUCCCUCUAGCAGCCAGGAGGUGGCAGACUGCAACAGGACUCUGACAGCUCAGGAGCUCUACCAUGUUGUCAUAGGUCCCUUGUUGGUGGACUUUGGUGAGGUGUGUGUGCAUUCAACGUGUGUUCAGAAGCUGGAGCUGAUCAAUCAUCUAUCAGCGUAUGUUUGGGUGCAGCUGGACGUGGACUGCCCUGAGCUGCAGGGCUCCUCACCCCUCUCCCACGUCCUGCCACCCUGCUCCCACCACACCUUACCUCUGAUGUUUCAGAGCAACAAGCAGGGUCCCUUCUACAGACCUGUGUCCUACUCUGUAAACCAGCAACACCCUGGUCAGAUACUGGUACAGGCCCAGGUGGUCCCAUUGGCUCUGGAACUGUCCACCACCCUACUGGUGCUACACCCCACCCUCAACCUACUUGCCCAGUCAGGAUAUAGAAGCUCAAUUACUAUUCGAAACAAGCGUAACCAUGCUGCAGAGUUCACAUGGAGACCAGUUGUCACAGAGAGUGGAAUCCUGUUCUCUGUACGACCAGCAACAGGUACAGUGGAGCCAUACAGGGAAUUGGACUGUGAGGUGGUGUGGCAUCCAUCCUUCUCUUCCCCUGCAGAGGGAGACUUUGACUUCUGUGUCCAUGAGGGCAGCACGCAACGCCUACACUGUCUUGCCAAGGUUGGAUCCACUAGUGUCCAGCUGGCAGAAAAACAUGUGACAUUUGGAUCAGUGUCUCUCAACAUGACUUCCAUCAGAACUGUAGUCUUACACAACACUGGACAAAACCAUGCCUACUACCAGGUGUUAGAUGUGUGCCCUCUGCCAGGCAUGGUGGUGAGUCCGUCUGAGAGCAUGGUGCCAAGUGGGGGGCAGGCUGUGCUCAAGAUCCACUUCAGCCCUGACUCCAUCAUCAAGUUUGACACCAGAGUUGAAAUAGCUUUGAGGGACAUGAAGUCCAUUGAGCUCAGAGUCAGCGGAUCAGUGGAGCCACCAAAUGUACACAUCAAUGUGUCCCAUUUCCAGUUCUACGGGGUCUACACUGGUUCUCGGCGGAAGAUACCUUUCACUCUGACAAACCACUCGUCAGCCGCAGCUGAGGUCACCUUCAACCUGUCACAGUAUGCAGACUUCUCUCUCCAGCUCCCUCAGCCCUCAGCAAAGAAAGAGCCGGGUGUGAGUGUUAUGGAGGUGCAGGGCCACCAGACCGUGGACUGCUCCCUUGUCUUCUCACCCACGCAAGUGGUCAGUUAUGACUUUGACCUGCCACUCAUGGUCAACGGAGUGGGAUGGCCCACUGGUUCUCUGUCUCCUUUUCCCACUCCAUGCUCUUCAUCCUCCUCCUCCUCACUGUCAGCUGUCAGCUGGAAGCGCAGGGUCAAAUUACUUUCCCACUCUGUCACCAUGGUGACACAGCGCAUACAGGCCACAGGGCUGUGUGCCCCACUGGAGAUGUUCCCCUCUAGCCUACAGUUCCAUGUGGAACCAUUGGCAGCACAGUCUGAUGCCUACACUAAGACAGUAGAAUUGAAAGCAGCGUGUGCAGAGAGUGUAUGUUGGUGUGGUGUCAUCGGGGAGCGCUUACACUGGUGGUUUAACUGCAGUGCAAUAGCAGUAACAACAGAGGACAGAGGAGAGGGGGAGCUAUGUACUGUGACUCCAUCAUCUGGCACUCUGGGUCCCAGCCAGUCCAUCUGCUUAACUGUCAGCAUUAGGCCUGAGGCUAUCAGAACAGUGUCUGGCAGAUUAACCAGACUGUCCCUCUCUCUUUACCUGGGACAUGAGGGUGGGGAGGGAAUGGGGAAAGAGGAGGAACAUCAGCCCUACCGAGAGCUCUCCAUCACCAUUACUCUCCAGGUUCCCAGUGUCACUUUCCACCCCCCUCAAAUCCUUCUUACCCCAGUACCCCUGGAAAGUAGCGCAAUGGCCACACUCACCCUGCUGGCUGCAGGAUAUCCAAGUGGAACCAGGGUAUCGGCUGAAGUGGAUGAGGUAGAGCUGGAGGAUGGGACAAAGAUACAGCCUGUUUCUGUCAUCUUCCCUGAGGGUAACUCCAUCCCUGCCCAAAACCAGGACCAGAAACAUCCAAGAGGCAUCCACAGCCAGGAAGCCAAUGUGACCUCUCUGACCUGCAGUGUGUCCUUCUGUUCUACCGUUCCUCUGUCCCUCUGCAGAACUAUCACAUUCACUGACCACUUGCACAACAGGUUUAAGGUUAAGUUUUGUGCUGUCGCUGACAACUGUGUGCUGACAGUCUGGCCGUACAUGGCCCUGCACCGCUCUGAGCAACAGAUAGUUCUUAAGACUGGAGCCACAGCUGUGGAGGCGAUCCUUCAGCGCUAUCACACACCAAGUCCUGCUUCUGGCCCAGAAUCAUCAUCAUCCUCAUUUGAUCACAACAGCUCAACAAACAAGAACUCAGCGUCAGACUCCUUUCCAGACAGUGACAGUGUGAGCGGACAGACCAGCGGGGAUGAAGAGGUCUCUCCAAAUGGACACACCCCAAAUAAUCUCGGCGUCCCAGAAUUCCUUAGUGCCAACUCAGAUGAAGGACUGUAUCACCACAAUGUAUUAUUGGCUGUGGAGAGGUGGUUUAGUCUCUUUGGCUGGCCGAGUGGACCACACCCAAUCUCUGUACCAGACACACUUAGAAGAGUUGUGUCAAAAAUUCAAACAAAUCAUUCCAGUGGACGGACUUAUUGUGUCAGUCAAAAUAAAGACUCCAGGUCUGUAGUGGACAUGCUUCAUCACCUGACAGGCAAACAGAUUCCUGGUAUUCCUCGCUGUCUGACAUUUUCCACUGAUAAAGACCAGCGCACUAAACAGCUAUUACAACAGCAUGAAGCUAUGCUUGCUUUUCUCAGGGUGCAGGGAGCCUGCCUGUGCCACAUCAGACCAGAGUACUUGCUAGACGUACAGGAGUUCAAACACUGGUGUACCCUGCAGUCAAAGGAGAAAGAGCACAGUCAGGACUAUAGCAGUGUUGACUAUGAGUCUCUGAGCAAACGAUCCUGGACUGACCUGCUGCUACAAAUAUACAAGGUCUUGGUCUUGUGUCGUGUGUCAAAGAGUGGUCUGAAUACGAUUCUGAACCAGGAAGACGUUGCUGGAAUCCUCUCUGUCAACUCAAAGCCGCUGGCCAGUAAUGUCUACUCUACUUGGGAGCUCCAGUUGCUCUCAUGGCUCAACAUGCACUAUCAGAACAUGAGGAAAACUGUCUGGGGUACAGUUGGCAUCCCAUCAGCACGCUGGAUAGUGAAUUUUGACCUGGACUUGACAGAUGGACUGGUGCUAGCUGCUCUGCUUGCUGCCUACUGUCCUUACCUGAUCUGCAGCCACUUCAGGAGGAUGUACACCACAACUAACAGCCUGGAGCAGAUCCUCCACAACAACAUCAUAGUCUACCAGUCCUUAACUGCACUUUCUCUCAACAUAGAUAUACAGCCCACAGACUUGUCGGAUCCUAAUCCAGUGCAGAUGUUGAUGCUAUGUGUUCACCUGUAUGAGAGGCUGCCUCAGUACCUGCCAAAACACACCAUCACUCUGUCAGGAAGCCUGCACAGCACUUUCAGCAAGCAGGUGCGACUGAAAAGCCCAUCCUCUAAGCCUGUCAAAUACCAGGCCUUCCUUUUAGGAGAGGAUGCUCCUCUCUUCUCCCUCCCUGAUGGAUCUACUGUCACCGUCCCUCCAAAGGGCCACGUUGAACUGACUGUCCAGUAUAGAUGCUCCUUCCUGCAGCCCAUGAAGGCAGUCCUUCUGCUCAUCUCCAGCUCUGCUUUUGGUCUGCAUGGCACCACUCUUGCCUUCAAUCUAAAGACCCAUGUCAGUCACAUUACACCCACAAACACUGUCAAGUGCAUGUCUCCGUGCUACCAGCUGAGAGUGAUCCAUCUGCCAGUAACUAAUCCUUUCAGGAAAGAAGCUAAAUUCAGGGUGGUGCUAGUGGAGUCUACGUUCAACCCAGUGGAGCCUGUAAAGAGACAAGACGGCCUCGUUCGACACAUAGAGAAAAUGACUUCAGAUAAGAGCCAUGGGGAGGACAUGGAAGGGAAGCACUCAGCUCUCAAUGGUGAAAGCAGUGAUUUCCUGACUGCAGAGAGGAGUGUUUGUCUGAAGGCAGGCCAGGCAGAUACUCUGAACAUCCACUACUUGCCCUUCUGCCCUGGCACCAAGUAUUGCUCUGUGCUGCUAGUUUGCCCACAGGUAGGGGACAUGGUCUAUAUGGUGAAGGCCACAGCAGAAUUGCCUCUUCCCUCGCCUUUCACUGCCAGGCCUAGUUCUAACAUUGUCUCUAUCCCCAACAACUCUGACCCAGCUAUCUGCGUAUCAGUACUAAGCCUAUGCUGCAAGGUGGAACAGGUGUGUGAGGAGGUGGUGCAUCUGCCGCUUAUCAACACAGCCUGGGAACAAGCUCUGGCCAUCUGGGGGCAGUACAGCAUGAGUGCCGAUGAACACAGGAGGCGGAUGCUGACACACACUUUGUAUAGCAGCACUGUGAGGGUAACCACAGCCAUACGGAAGCUCUUUAAACAACAGGCCCAGCUCAUGAGUGGUGGUGACCACAGUAAAGUUAUAACAUAUAGUGUGGAGGUUUCUUUGCCACAGUACUUCACUUUACCUACUGCUGUUGAGAUACCUAUAAAAGAGGACACCAACAUACCAUGGGAGAAUCCUGCAGACUGUGGCUGUGUGGACAUCCCAUUACGCUUCCAAGCUGACCGUGUGGGGCACUUUACAUGUCAGGUGGUCCUGAGGUCUUGGUGUGAUACCAGGGUCUACAUGCUGGAGGCACAGGUUACUUCACAGAGAGGAUCAAUUCACCUGGACUUCAGUUCACCUGCUCACCGUUCAGUCACACAAGACAUACCAGUGCACAACGAGACCCACCAAGACUGGAACAUGCAUGCUGAGGUGUGUGGUGAAGGAUUCUAUGGCCCAAAAGUUUUGAAUGUACCAGCUGGGACAAGAGCCUCCUACCCGCUCUCCUUUCACCCUUCUGCACAAUGCAUUGUCAUGGGCAAGCUGUCCUUACAUAAUGACUGCGACGGCACUGAGCAUGUGUUCACCCUCAGAGGAGUGGGAGAGUACCCCCUGCCUGUGGACCAUGUGGUAUUACACUGCCCUGUUGGGAAGACCACACACACUCAGCUGGAUGUCCCCAACUACAGCCAGAACAAACUGACUCUUAAGGUGGUGACGGAUCUAUCUGUUGUGAGUGGCACUCCCUCCCUGGAGAUUAAACCUGGUCACAGCACUCCAUACACCCUGGCUGUGUCACCAUGGAAACGAGGGAAACAGACAGGUUAUGUGUCAUUUGUAGAAACCGAUGUUCAAGAAGCAGACAAAGACAAAGGUCACCAACUGGGACACUAUGAGGUGUACUUCUCUCUAGAGGUUGUUUGUGAACCACCAGCACCUGUCAGAGUCAUUGAUGUACAAUGUGCUGCUCAGAGCUCAGUUGCCAUAGAGAUCCCUGUCAAUAACCCACGAGGAGAGCUGCUGAUGCUGGAUGUGUGCUUGGAGGGAGACGACCUGAGUGGGGCCAGCUGGUUUUCAGUUCCUCCACAGGACACUCUCACUUACAGAGCUACGUUCUCGCCUGGCAGAGUAGGAAAGAGCACAGGCAGUGUGGUCUUCCAGUCAGAGUUGGUGGGGGAGGUCUGGUAUCAACUGGAUCUUUAUGCUCUUCAUCCUCCAGUCAUGACACUACCACAGAUUUGCUGUCAGCUGGGAAAACAGACCAGACAGACCAUUCCCCUGGUUAACCCAACAGCUGAGACUCUGGAGCUGGUUGUAGCCAAUAGCAACCCCAGAAACUACACACUGGAAAUGGAUUCAGGAAGUACUUUUAUCGUGGAGCCUCACUCCUCCACUCAUCUCGGUGUCUGUUUUCAUCCGUCAUCCAUUGGAGAGAGAAACCACACUGCAAAGAUCACUUUCACAUGCCCUCAGUUGCAGGAAUGGUGUGUGUUGUUGAGUGGGCGUGGCCUUAAUCCAGAGAGCGAGGAGCCCCUUAGCAUCUCAUCCAUGAUUGGCUCCAACGCCUCCAUCACCAUUCCCUUCACAAACCCCAUGGAGCUCCCAGCCACGCUCAGUAUCACACUGACAGAUGAGGAUCCAAGUGGUGUCCCUGAGAGCCAUCCAGUCAAUACAGACAAGGAGGUCUUCUCUAUCUCUCUGAGCCAAACUGAAGGUAUACACAUCAGUAAAGGAACCAGUUUUGAUGUGCCUGUGGUGUUUGCACCUGACACUAUGGAGUUACAACAGGCCUGGCUCUGCAUUACUCUGAAGCCCCUCAGCAGCUCAGUCAGUAACAGUAACUUCAAUACAGACAACAUGAGGUCGGAGCAGGAAUUGUCAUCCAUCUGCUGGAUUUACCCUCUCCAUGGGAUUCCCAUGGAAGUGCCUGUUGAGAACUCACCACUUGGCGUGGUCCAGUGUGAAGCAGGCUGCCAGCUGGAAAAGAAGGUGGAUGUACUGCUCAGUGAAUGUGUGGAGCAGAAUCAAGGCCAGAAAGGACUGGAGGCUUCCCAGGUGACAGUGGAAGACUUCCUCUGCAAGGUGCAUUCAAACAGCGAAGCAGAGCACUCUGAGCUGGGGGACUGGCUUUCUGCCUCCAUCGGGGCAGCGAGGAGGGACCCUGAGACUGGCAACGUAACGCUCAGCCUUAAUUUAGUCUUCAGUCCGCACAGACCAUGCAGCAGGCACUCAGUGGUCCUAGCAGUGCAGUGUGUGUCCGGCAGGAUCUGGGAGUUUCCCAUGACUCUCAUUGCCACAGAGCCUCAAGUGGACGAUGUCAUCCUCAUUGAAGCAACUGAGUUGGGCAAGACUUCAGCUGUAGGUUUCCGCCUGACCAGCACAACUAGGAGACCAGAGCCGUUCACAGCGGUGUUCCUGCCAGGCAGCAGCAGUGAGUUCACAGUGGCCCCAGCCUCAGGAGUCUUACCUCCUGCUGGUUCCAGUGGAGCCCUCAUCACUGUGUCCUUCACACCCACCACAUCCAACAAGAGAAAACAAGCAAGACUAACUGUCCAGGCAGGAGACAUGCAGUGGACCUACGAGGUGAGAGGGAAAACACCUCAUGACUCCCCUCCCCUGUGCACCAUGCUCACCAGUGGCAGCUCUUCUGUUCUUCAUUCAGCCAGCGAACAGCAGCAGAGCUUUGGGUCCUGCAACCUUCAACUUCCCUCCCUCACUAACUCGUCCCCUCUCAAAGUCCACAGAUAAGAACAUCCUCACUCUCUCAUACAGCUAAAGAUCUUCAGUUUUUUUCUCAUUUCUUUAAUUAUUUUAAUAUUUCACUUGAUGUCUCUUUAAAUUUAAAAGAUACCUUUAUAUUUAGAAAAUUAACUGUUAUUUGGAAAGGCAGAUUGAUGGUGUUGGUGAAGGAUUUCAGCAUUUGUCCUAUUUUCCCUGAAAAUGGCUCAUUAGUCACUUCUCAUCACCAAUUCUAAUGAGCUGUUUUUCUGCCAAUGAAAUGAUGGGUUUUCAUACCUUGUGGCAAGUGGAGGGAAUUUAACAGGGUGAUACUGAUAUGAUGCUUAAUUUUAAAAACACUUUUGACUUGAAAUCCCUCUUCACUGGUAAACACUCUCUGACUUCUUCAUUUUAGCCAAGGAUUUAAUUAGUAAAAUCUAUAAGUUAUAAUGCAGUUUCCUGGGUUUUACUCAUCAAUACAUCAGCAGGUAUCAGAAGUAUGAUGAGCAAUAAAUACUAGUAAUGGUUAUGAUA